AUGGCGGAGUGCUGCGGGCGAUGUCUAUGAAGCCCUUAGUCCUAGUGACGCUGUUGCUAUGGCCUUCGUUCGUGCCGGCGUUUCCAACACCAUGAGUGCCGAGGAGGGUGCUGAGAGGCUCCAGAGGGUGAAGUGCCAGUUUGAGACCAUUGCAGGAGAAGACUGAGAGGUUGACUCAGAAGAGCUGCCCUGGAUGAGAGACAGGUUGCUCCUUGGGUACCCUGGGCCUGCAUCCCACCUCCAAGCAGGUCAGGAGCAUGCUUCUGUCUCUGAUACUGGUGCCUUCCCAUCCUUGCCGUCUUUCUCUGCUGAGAGAUUCUUUACACUGUCUGACUGGGGUGGAAGUGGCUCCAUCACCCUCCGGAAGCUGCAAGGGGUGCUGAUCCUGCUCACCCACGGAGACCCGAUGGGCAAACUCAAAUUCCUUUUCCAGUCACUCCAGGCUCAGUCUGAGGCCAGCCCCUUCUGGCUUUGGGAAUUGCUCACAGCAAGACCCAGUAUUGGCUGGGUCCACUUGGCCUCCCUGACCGGGGCGGCUCUACUGCUGCUGCUGCUCAUGGGCAGCUCCAGCCCCUGCAUCCACAGGAGUGGCCACUUCAAGGCAUUCUGCUGGACCCACCUGUCCUAUCUCCCCAUGUGCAUCCUGCUUAUCUUACAUGGACCCUCUUGCCCAGGGGUCAUGCAGCUUUUGGCCUGGAGACUACUUGCACCUGAAUGUCCCCAUCAUCGCAAUGCUCCCCAGCAGAAAGAUACCAUCUUGUUACUUAUUUGGUCUUGAGGUCAGUGGGCCAACAGAUUGUAUGAGUCCUUCAAGGCAUUAGACCCAGUGGGCUGUGACCCCAAGAAGAUGUCAAGGAGCUUGAGGAUGAGAAAGAGUCAGAGGAGGCCCCAGCUAGAAGGAAGCCAGUUGACUUCCACCAGCCUGGUUGGUCUGCAGUGUCUGAAGUGUGCUCUGGGUGGCCUCUCCAGACCCUCAGGCAGCGCCUGCCUAGGACUCCUUGGGAUCCAACACUCCUCCCUCCAGCCUUCUCUCUCCUCUCCUGCUCCCAUGCUCAGCGCUUAUGGAACAGCCACAUGCAGAACCUUUGCCUCUGAGCAUGGGCCCUCCGGGGUGGGAAUAGACAUCACCCCAUUUGCGUCCAUCCCACAGAGCAUCAUGUACAGGUGGGUGGGCGUUCAUGGCCCUAUCUGCACCCUGGGUCAGUGGAGAGGGGAUAGCACAUCCGCCCCAGUGGCCAGCGGUCCUGGAGAGAGGGCAGCCAGGACCACACAUGAAGCUCCACGAGGAUCCUCUGAACUGAGGGGCUCCACCCCAGUGGGCUUCAUCUGGAUCCACUGAGAUGAGACACAAUCUUUUGGGUGGUUUGUGAGCCUCCUUACCAGACUGGAGUAGGACCCAGAUAGGAGACUGAAGAGGGUCGGAGGCG